UGUUUCCCCUUCCCCCUCCUCCCUCCUCUUCCCCCACCCCUUUCCCCUCCCCCCUCCCCCCAGCUGUCUUUCUAGCAUGAUGCCCUUUUUCAUCCACAUUUGUGUUUCAGGUGUAGAGAGGAGAGAGUGAACAGGGAGCGGGGCUUUUGUCUGUCGGUCUCCUUGGACUGAAGAGAGGGAGGGUGCACGACCAAGACUGUUAUGAUUCUCAAAAUGGUUUAUUACCCAGAUCUCUCGGUCUGGGUCAGCCAAGAGCCAUUUCCAAAUAAGGAAAUGGAGGGAAGGCUUCCUAAGGGAAGACUUCCCGCCCCACAGGGAGUGGGCCGCAAGAAGAAUGGCGAGACUGGGGCCGCCUCCCUGACUCCGCUCGGCAGCAGUGAACUCCACUCCCCGAGAAUCGGUUACCUCCACUCUUUUUAAUCAUAACACCUCCAUUUGUAUUACGUAUGGUGUAUGGGUAUUGAUGAGGUCAUGGUAUCAUAUAUGGGAUUUUUUUCUGUGUAAAUCAUCAAGUAUAAGAAGAAACUAUGGGACUCUGAGCCUUGCUUUAGAGAAUUUACAGUGGUCAAUAGGUAUCAUCAAAUCCGUUUUUAAUCAUUCUGACUCCAGUGAAAACGCUCAGAAUUUCACACUGUGAAUCCACGUUUACAACCCUUACAGGUGGGCCCUCAGGCCUGGUUCGCUCCGACGACGUCUUCCACAACUCACACUCCCACUGCUCUCACACAACCGGCCCACUCCUGCCUCGGCACCCACACGGCUCCGACUGCUUCCUGCAGAGGCUGAGAGUCCCCAUUUUUUUUUUUUUUUCAUUUAGAUGUAACAAGUAGUUUAUGUUCAUCAAUUGUCUGUAUAUCUCUAUAUUUUACCCAUGUACUCUUUUGAUGUAUAGAAGUAGUUUGAAACUCAUUGUUUCCUUGUGGUAAGUGACCGAGAUGCUGCCACAGGACCUGAGACACUGAUGAAUGGUGCUAUUUUGGACUUUCAACAUGCUCCUUGGCGAGGUAGCUCUGAUGGAGUUAUUUUUUAUUUCCAUGUUCUAAGAAGGUGUUGGUACUCUGUUUCCCUGAAUGUUGUUCUCUAGACUGGACUGACUUGUUUUCCUUGUUCUUCAGUGUGGCUUUCUUCUUCAGCGUUGUAGGUUGAGUGAAUGCUGCCGGAGAGAGUGUAAGAGACCACGUCUCAUGGGCUGGCACUCAUGGACCCGCCGCCGCCGUAGUGGGAGCAAUCACAAAACUGUAAUUUACUUACCAAAUCUCUUCCUUUGGGUAGCCUCGCCCACCUAACUUAGAGAAAGAAAAGCAAUAAUUGGGCAGGCGUUUUUAGGUGUCUCUCUUGGUUCUUUUUGUUUGAGAGAAUAUUUGGGGGGAAAGGGAAAACUCCAUUUUUAAUAAAUGCCCUCUAAAAAACCCCAAAACACUGGCGUCUGAGUCGGAAUAGCAAAAUUACACCUUUCCCAAAAAUUAGGUUGGAAAAAGUGUCUACAAAUUUUUUUUUAAAAGACAGAACAUUCUUUUUCCACAGUUUUGAUAAGCAAGGUGUAGAUUUUACAUUUUUGUCCUUGCUCCCAAUGGAAUGGAUAAACAAACAAAAAAAUCAGAAAUACCAUCUUCUCACGGAAUGUUGUUGCAUUAGCCAGUCUGAAAGCCCACCUUAAUUUUUAUAUAACUGUCUUUUAGCUCUUCCUUUGACAGGGCAGGCUCUGUUCUGAACUGCUCCGCUUCCGACUGUUACUCAUUGACGAUGCAUGCGCUGCACCUCUUCGUUCUCUUCUCGCUCCCCCAUUGGCCUGAGUUUCUCGUGCAUUUCCCCGCUCCCUUCUUUGUUAGAAUAGGUAUAUCAGCUGUGUAAAUAGAGCAAGAACAGUAUUCUGCAUCUGUGGCAUUUAUGUAGAGUUGCAGUUGUGUGCUGCUGAAAAUGCAGGCUUUUGUAACAAUGUGAUCUUUACUGAUGCACUCAUGACAAGUACCCAAUGUAUUUUAGCUAUUUUAGUAGUCUUUGUUCAAUAAAUAUACAAGCUGUAAGGUAACUGGCUUGGCUCGUCAUUGGAAAGGCCUACUUUGGAAUGCUUUCACUGGUUCAUGUUAAUUCAUGUGUUCUCGGAGCCCCCAAAGUAGGCCCAAGGGCGGAUAUCAAAAAGGAUCAAAUCAGUUCUGCCUUUCAUGCGUUUUCCUUUCGGAGGGUUUUAUGAGGAUAGGGGCCGGGCACUGCCUCCUUAGGGUGGGAUUUGCAGAGCAGCCUCUGGGUACUGAGAAGAAUUAAACCAAAACCCUUUUAUUUCUACACAGUUUCUUCCCCUUUCAGGGCACUCCCACAGUCUUACUAUUUAUCAUUAGGACGUACUCUGUGGCGUUCCUUAUCUGUGCCAAAAAAUACCUGACCUCACUUACAAACAGACAAAAGGUUUAUGCUUGUAAGAUGGUAAAAAAUUGGAGCUAAGUCUCCUAUGUGCCCAGACACCUGGAAUCUACAGAUGGUGAGGCGGCAUCACCAGAACCUUUUGGAGGUCUGGUGUGACCCCGAAACCCUGCCAUCCGGGGGGUUCAUGCUCCUCCUGUGCAUGAGAAAUGCCCGCUGCUCUCUUCUCAUCCAUUGUGAGUAUCACUUCAACUGGAAUCACACGUAAGUUGCUCUUAUUGGCUGGUUGGGUUCAGAUACCAGAGUUUCACCUGACCAAAGGCCCUGAGACAGGAGGCUGAGAGAGGAGGGGGACGAGCAGCAGUUGUGCUGCUGCAGACAGGGAGCUUGGCCCCCGGAGGGAGGGCCCUGAUGCUGUCCGAGAAAGCUUCGGUCUUGACCCCUCUGAGGUCAGGGGGACAUCUACAUUGGGGAGUUUCUUUUGAAAUUAAUGCACAUCUCAGAUUUGCGUUGUUUCCUAUUUACCCUGAACUUUUAACCUUCUUAAGAGAAAGGAGCUUUAGGGCAGAAUUAAAUCUCAACUGCUACCAAAUAAUCAUAAUUUGUUCAAUCUGAAAGAGAAUUUUUAAAAUGGAGCGACUGCCACCUCUUUCAGUAAUCCCACCCAGAGGUUAGUACUUGCGGGUAUAGAAGUCCUUCUUAAACUUAAUUACCUUUCAUCUUAUAACAACCAAUCACUGUUUUCUUCCCCAGACAGGCUCCCAUCACCCAUAUGUUUUCACAGCUGUGAGGGGGUACAUCUUUCUUUCUGUGUCCCCUCACAGAGAGAGGUGACAUGGGGUGGCAUGGCCUGGCUUGCUUUAUGCCCGUCUUUGUCAGUCAUCUGUUGGCACGUGACACAUUAUAAUCACUGCACUUGGAAUCAGCAAACCUUCCUUAUCUCAUGGAUUCCAGGCAGGAAUUCAGGGGCAGGCUAGCAGUUGGUUCUGAGUCAGGGUCUCUCAUGAGCUUGUAAUCAAGAGUUCAGCAGGCCGCAUUCAUCUGAAGGCUUGACCAGGACUGGAGAAUCUGCUCCCACUGCGGCUCACUCGUGUGUUCGUUGGCAGGAGAACUCAGUUCCUCCACUUGUGGGCCUCUCUAUAGGGCUGCGUAAGUGUCCUCAUGACCUCUGGCUUCCCUCAGAGCAAGUAAUUCAAGAGAAAGCUGGGCUCAAGCCACACUGCUGGUGACCUAGUCUCAGAAGUCACCGCCAUCCAUCAUAUUCUGUUCAUUAGAAGCGAGUCACUAAGUAUAGCCCACACUCACAGGGAGGAAGUGAAGCUCUGCCUCCUCAAGGGAGGAGCAUCAAAGAACUUCUCAACACGUUUUAAAACCAGCACACCAUCCUUGAGGUCCUUGAAGCCCCAGAGACUGAAGGUGUGUGAGGAGACUAUCCAGACACCAUAACAUCAGGGCUGCAGAGCCUUCGUUUGCAAAUACGAGGGCUGUUAGCUCUCAAAAGGAAUAUUUAGAAAAUGUUAUUGGAAGAAAUUCAGCCAGCAAAGCCAGAGUGAAUAAUGCCUGAAAUGGUAUCCAGCUCAUUGGACUAGCCUCCACCUUGGGUGAGGUGUGCCCCCUCCAAGACCCAGUUUGUACACCUUUUAUUUUCUUUUAAAGGGUUAACUUCAUUCCUUUCCAUCACUUGCCUUCUUCCUCUGGUGUGUGAGUUUGCAACACUUGUCUCCUGGUUCCAGGGGAUAGCGAUGUGCAUGUUCGUCGACAAAGGUCUGGGCACACGACCCUUAUGAUUGAGAGCACAGAGCACGUGCAGGCCUAGGAGUAAGACUGGAGACAGGCCCCUCGUUGCUGUUCCCCAGACAGGCUGCUGCAGGCCCGGCUCUACUCCCCACCCCUCAAUUGUAAAAAAAAAUAUGUAUAUUGGACUGCAUCUGAUUAGGCUGUACCGGAGUCUGAUAAAUUCAGCAUCCUUUUAGAGCCUGGGCUUAAAACGUGUCCCUCAGGGUUACACGAAGUCUUUCCAGAUCCUCUAUACUCUUUCCUAAAGUUGAUUGGCUGAGACUGUGUCCGUCCAUGGUAGUCCUUUCCCCAAAUUACAAAAGUAUACAGAUACAUUUCACCUAUCCUAAAUCUUAUGAUACAUUGCCCUUAAUAACACACAAAAACCUCAGAUGUGACAAACAAAGAGAAAGUUUCCUUUAAUGACUAGCUAUAAAUACAUAGAAUGUUGGGCUUUUCCUUCUUAUACACACAUUAAAAACAAUAUGUUAGAAGACUCAGAAAUGAAGUGUUUGAACUCAUAUGGAUUUUCAGAAUUCAGAUACAUGACAGAAUGAUGGAAAUAAUGAAGAUUUUAACUUCAUGCCUUUUCCUCUUUCACCCCCUAAUGCUGAUCAAAGAAUGCCCUGCUCUUGAAGGAGAGUCCUGAGAGAGUAAAGCAAAGGGAAAAUCUGUGGGGCACAUUAACUACCAAAAAUGCACUCAUGUAAUUGUAAACAGUUAUUUUCCACUAUACCCCCUACUCAUGUCUAGGAUAUAUUUUAACUGGGAAGAAAAGUAACUUAGAAAAGCUAAAGCAAUAUUGGUUUGUAACAUAGGUUAGUUUAAAUGUAAUUAAAGUGCUUUUUGAAAAUACCAACUUUUUACAAGAUAAAAUGAAUAAAACCCAAGGAUAAACUUUCA